AUGUCUGCUCCCAAGGGUCCUUUCCACCUCGUCACAGUCAACACUGCGCCCGAGCGCGCGAAGCGGCUCGUCGGCCGCGUCGCCGAGGCACUGAGCGACCGAUACACGAUCGUCCACGUCGACAACUGCGAGAAGAUCGACGAGGUCGAGGCCAAGGUCAAGCAGCACAACCCCGAGGUUCUGUUCAGCGCAUCCAUGUGGAGCGCCGAGGAGGCUCAGCAGAUCCACGCCAUUGCUAAGUCCGUUCGCCCGGAUAUCAAGCUGCACGCUAUUCCCGAGGGCUUGCAGGUUGAGCGUGGACCUGAUGCUGUUGUCGAAUAUCUGUGUGAGAAGGUUCCUGUGCUGCUGGACAGCUAG